UUUUGCUUGUACGUUAUCCUUUACCUGUCUCGGACUCUCGGCUGCUCACGUUACAGUGUGUCAAAAUGACCACCAAACUUCUAAUUAUAAUCCGUUUUCCACUUAAAUUAAAAAAAAAAAAAGGCUCCUUUUUUUGUAUUCCCUUACGUCAUCACUUUCUUCUCUAUCAUUUUUCUCUCAAAUUUCCCAGAAUCCAAAGAGCAUCUCAAUUACCUAACCACCGAAAUCACUCUCCACUUCACCACCCGUUCCCUCUCGCUAGCCCCCACUGUGGUAGCCCGGCCCGAAUCGAAACCGGUAAAAAAAUCAAGAAGUACGUCAAGUUCAGGCUCCCAGUUGGGUUCGCGGCUCAGACUAUCAUAGGAUGGGUCGCCGGAAAUAUAUAAAUAAAAUCGACAUUUUACCCAAUCCUCGAGUGGUUCUUCAGGGAGGUACCAGAAAAUUUAUUAUUAAUUACCGUGACGCCAAGGAGUGUCUUCAAGGGAAUCCGUUAUGGCUGCAGUACAUAAAAGUUCCAUUGGUGACACUGAGAUAUGAGACGAGUUACGAUAUAUUUGUGAAAGCUCAUGGUGGUGGCCUUUCAGGAUAGGCUCAGUGUCAUGAACUAAUCUUGUAUAGAGUUAUAAUUGAGGGUGUAGGUUAUCAUGAGUCAUUCAUGUAUAAAGUCAUGAUCAAGUAAAUCUUUUAUACUAAGAAAAGUAUCUUUUUUUCAAAUAUUGUAAUGGUUAGUGGUAGCAUAAUUCUAAAAUCUCUAAGGCUCUUUAGGGAGGUGAGUGGACAGUGUUCUGUUGGGCUGUCUCAUCGGUCGCGAUACGGGCUUAGCCAUCCGUCAAGGGCUGCCCCUGGCCCUGGCGAUGGUGGAAAGUUCUGAUGUAAUAUCUUCGAUUUUAAUAAAAUUCAUCUCCGAUUCGAAUAUCCCGAUUGUUGUCUUGAUGUGUUUUUUUUUGUCGAUAUAAAUAUACUUUCUUGUGUGUGCUUGAGAUUGAUCUCGAUCUGAAUAUGUUUUAUUGCGUAUGUGAGGGACUAACUGUGGCUUAUGGUUAUUUGUUCAGAUAUCGAA